AUGUUAGGUCAAACAAAUUCAAGUGAUCAUUAUACUGCCAGUGAUAUGCAUAAUAGCUUAUUAGAACUUGUAGAGAGUGGAAAAAUUAAUGAAGAUGAUGUUCUUAUACAAAGUACUAUAGAAAAUUGGAUUAAUCGUUAUUUACAAGAAUUAAAAAAAGAGGCAGCAGAACAA